GAGUGGGUAGUGUGCCUCCAGUUAUCAUGGGCAGCGGAACUAAGCUCCCAGUAUGGAUUUAUAUAGUCUGGAUGGUCUGGCUAGUUGGUCUAGCGUCCGGCGAAGUACUUCAAUGCUACGAGUGUGUAGAUGAUGACCGAACGUGCGGUUCUUCUAAGAGUUUUCCCGGAAAAGUGCGAGAAUGUCCGAACUCAACGAUGUGCAGCACUGAAAUGAUGACUUCUAUGGUCUUUGGAAAGGAGUGGACCAGGACAAGGAGAGGCUGUGCCAAGCAGGUUGAUUCAUAUUACGAAUAUAUCGGAAAACACUGGGAGCCAAAGUAUAAAGUUAAGGAUUUACCCGAAGGCUGUAAGACAGAAAAUGGAGUAAUCUACUGCAACUGCCUUGGAUCACUCUGCAAUUCAGCUAGCUUUUCCUCAGCAAACUUCCGGAUGCCAGUGCUGUUGAUCUUCUUGGCCCUCAUCUAUAGGAAAAUCCUUUUUCCCGUCUAGUCGCCGUCGACACUUUUUAGGGUGUGUGUUCUCGUUUCUCGGGUUUUGUGACAACAACUUGACACUUCCUAGAACUCUCUAGGCCAUAAAAAUAGUUGUAAGCAGAUUAAUGAUUUAUGUGCGACACUUUUUAAAGGUGAAACCUUGUCAAUAAAGUCACUGAUACCAAAUAAA